GUGCUGCAGAUGUGUGUCACAAGUUGAUCUGGCUGUAGGCUGUGGCACUUGGCCAGAGGUGGCGCUGGUUGAUUCGAGUCCAUGUUAGUGCACACAAAGUAAACUGCACGCUUUAGUUUUGAGCAUAAAACGCUGAAACCGGAGAAAUAAAACGUGCGAGGGGAACGAUAACGACGACAAGGGUAUCCCGAUCGUUUAUUCUCGCUGUCCUGUGAACAACACCGGCGUGGUGUUAAUUGUUUGCUGUUUUCGCGAUCGUGUCGAGCAUGAGGCUAUCACCAGCUCCUGAAACGCAAGACUGCCACACAUCUGUUUGACCAACGCCAGUUGAUCUAAACGCCAGUAGAUCUGGAACAGCGGUCCUGUCCGUCAACAUUUGUAGUGCCACUUUGUUUGUUUUUAUGUUUAGUUUAUAUGUAAUACCGUCGACUCAAAAUUGGACCUGUGUGAGCUCCUUUUGUUGUGCUUUUUAGUCAGCUGUAGUUUACUGUAGCUAACGUGAAAUCUAACCCGGUAGAUAUUAGCGAUAGUAAUGUCGAGGAGGAGGAGGCUUCGCUAGCUUACAAAUAACGUGUAUAACUGUGUAUAAUACAAAACACUUGACCGAGGUUUUAUUAGCGUUUAAUGCCAUCGACUGCUGAAAACCUUUACAAGAUUGUCUUGUAGUACCGUGUGGGGGCUACUUUACAGGGCUUUCAUUUUGCUAUUCAUUUAGUUGUAGGUUAGCUGUCUCCGUCGCUAGCUUGUAGCAUACUCAGUGCACGUAUUUCACCAUGUUUUGUUUCUGUGGAUUGAAAGCUGCGCACUUCCUGUGUUUUCUUGCCCUGUUUUUUGUAACAUCAGGACAUGAAAAAGGGCCAGAAGUUGUCACUGUAGUUGUAUCAGAGGGAAGUGACGCAUUCUUGCCCUGCAACGUCAGCACCAGCCUUAUACAGGAGCUGUUUGACUGGAGAAGGAGAAACGAUCAGGGUACACAGGAGGUGUUCAUGUAUGAUGGAGGCCUUCAUUACAAUAACGGCCUCCCAGGUCAAGACAAGCAGUUCAAAGGACGGGUCUCACAUUUUCCACAACAGCUGCAGUUUGGUAACGCCUCGAUUGUAAUCAGAAACACCACGAUCAGCGACAGUGGAAACUACACCUGUGACUUUCCAAACCUGAAGCCAGAACAAAUAUUCAGCAUUAAACUUGUUGUUCGUGCAGCUCCAAAGCCCAUUGUCGGGAUAGUUAAAGAGACAGAGAACGGAGUACAGCUGCACUGUGUGGUUCCAGGUGCCUUUCCCAAACUUAAGGUAGAGUGGAAGGACAGUGAUGAAAACAUCCUUCCUGCUGAGGAGCCACAGGUCUCAUAUGGGGGAGACCGCUGCUACAUCACCCUCCUCACCACUGUGACCAAGACAAACACCAACCUCUUCCAUUGUGUGGCCACACAGGAGGAGAUCAGCCAUGUGAUUGAUGCUGAAAUCCGUGUUCCAGAUAAACUGUUUGGGUCCUGCUAUGGAGAUGGUGUGCUGGCAGGUUUAUUUUUUGGUGGAUUUGUUGCAGCUCUAGUUCUAGUUCUGUGUCCUGUGUACAUCAGAAAGAACUACAUCAAGAAAGUUUCUACUCCGAAGACUAAUGGUUUGUGUAAUGGGGAAUCAAGCCAGCCACUUCAUCUUUAAAAGUGCCAGAAGAUCUCCAUCCUGUGUGGAGAAAAGAUUUGAUAUCCUGUGUGAGGAUAUCAAAUCUGUGCCAGCUUUUUAGUUUACUUGCCACAGUUGGAGCUUUCAAUAAUGUUUACAGCCAGUGAGCAUCUGUGGUGAGAAAAAGCGCCUUCCUCUCUCCUUGGCUUUUACAAUCAAGUUCAAUUUUGCAUAGGACUGCACUGCUGUAGACACUGAACUUCUGAAAAGGUGCUCAGUUACAUUUUUUGUUUGUUUGUUUGUUGUUUUUUAAAUUUGCAAAGCAAGGCACUCUAAUUUUUUUUCGUCUUACUCAGGGUCACAUGUGAGAUCCUGCAAGAGGAAAAAGAAUGUAUAUUUUGUUUAACCUUACUGUGCUACUGGAAAAUCUUUGCUGUUAUUGUGGGUGUGCCUUGGGAUAUCCAUUUUAACCUCAAGAGUUUUUAUAUACAGGGAAAAUAUAAAGGGAAAAUAAACAUACAUUCAUAAGAACUCUUUGUGAAACAACGGCAUUCUUUUUGUCAUACUGGUUUUGGUAAAUACAUUUCCAGUAUUGACAAAUGGGCAUAUUACAAUGAUGCAGUUUAACAUAGCAAUUUACUAAAUCCAAAACCACUUACAGUAUGUAAAAGAAGUUUCACAAAGUUUCAUAUUUUUAGUCUUUUAUACCGGUGAAUGAGCUCAGAUCAAAAGGAUCCAGAAUGAUCAGGUGACUUGUUGGACCAGAAGAUUGAUCACAAAAAGCUUUACAUGGGGACUUCCAUUUUCCAUUAACUUCCAGUUAAACUUCCAGUUAAUGUAGCUAAAAGAGAAUCUCAACGAAGGAAAUGGAUUGUAUCUCAUAUCCACUGAAUUUACCUCUGACCUCAGAGGUCCGAGCAGGAACAUCUGAAUCUUUUCUAUGCAAAAGUAGGAAGAAGGACUUUUUACCGAGCUUUACACAUACCCAGCAGUUAGGACCAGCUUUGUGAUUUUUUUUUUUUUUUUUUUUUUUUCUUUUUUCUCCACAAAACCCAAAUGACAUUCUCUAAUGUGUGUUUGGAGGACUGUCAUGCUAAUGUGUCAAAUGCUAAAGCAUUUGAAAACACACCUUUCCAGGCAAACUCUGAGACUGAUCAAGGACAGGAAAUCUGGAGCUUCAGUUGAAGAACAAAGUGAAGAAUUUUGAAUUUUUCUCUGGUGAUUUGAUGUCUGAGACACAGGCCAAGUUACUCAUCUUUGUACGCGGACAAUGAUAGUUCUUACUGAAAAAUAUCAGACCUUUAAGGCAGAUGAAAGGUAAAGUGAUUAAAAUGAACUCACAACUGAAAUUUGUAUUUUUAAACCAGAACUACAAUAAGUCAGUACUAAAAAUGAGCCAUGUCACUGAUGUGAAAAAGAAAAGGAAAAUUAAUCAGGGUGAAAAUUAAAAAUCUAUUUAUUCCACUUUUUAUUCAACAGUGAGAAAUUUAACUCAGUAUCACUGCUGGACUUAUUCUUCUAGUCUGAUUUUUCUUGUUCAAUAAGAGAAAUCGAAGAACUGGAAACUACAGAUAAAGUAACUAAACUACAAACGGUAUAGCACUUUUUAUACAGUUAAAUGGGUUUUUUUUUUUAGAAACAUACUUUUCUUCAUGAUUAUUUGGAGACUGUAGGUUUAAAUCGCAAAUGAAAGUCUUUUUACUACGUCUGUUAGACAUUUUGAAACUGCUUUUUCUCACAAGGAGCACUUUAUAAAGGGAUGAAAUUAAUAUUGAGCAGUAUCAAGUUCAGGUUUAGAUCUCCGAAAGAGUUUCUCAUGUAGCCCCUUAGUAAAAGUUGUUGCUCUGCUCUGCUUUAUAUUAUUUAUGCUUAUGUAUGGUACACAGUGGUGUAUUAUAUUAUUUUGGAGAAGCACUGGUUGUGAUGUGAUGGUAUCAUGACUGAUUGUUACGCCAAAUCUGUCCAUUCAUUUGAGUUUUGAUGCACUGCUUUGUAAAAAUGAUUUGUCUAUUUACAAAAACAUAUUUUUGUUGCUGAAUGUUGAGCUAGUAAAAAUGAAUAAGCUGUGAUAGAUAAGAAGAUGAGGUGUCCUCCAAGUCACUAAUGUUGGGAACUUUGCACUGAAAACACUUAAUAUCCUGUUGUUCAAAAUAAAAUGUAUGAAUAUAUCACCA